GGACUCGUUUGGUCCUAUAUACUGUAGCAAAACAGCACUGAGUGGAUUUUUAGUGCAGCAGAAAGAACUGUUGCUCGGCAGUGGUGUCGGUCUGGUCUUUCUGAGGAAGCGCUGUGGUUGAGGAGGCUGCUGCUGAGUGGCGCGGUGCUACAGACAUGCUCUUCCCCAUCCGCGUCAUUGGACUUCACUGAACACAACAUCUGAAUACAGUUUAGAGUUUAAAUUUGAGCAUAUAGAUAGAUUUUUUUCUCCCUGUAAUGUUACAUGAUUUGAGCUUCCUGCUUUAAUUUAAUUAGUUCACUAGUGGGAGAUUCGGGAGUAAGGUGACUUGACUGAUGACAUCUUCAAGACGGCUAGCUGCAGAGAUUUGUCAUUCCUCUUUUAUAAGGGCCUUCUUCUUCCCUUCCAUUAGAUUGAGUCUACAAAACCCUCUGUGCCCCUGCUGCUUCUCGCUUCCCCACCAUGCCUCGCUCUUUCCUGGUGAGGAGGGGGGGCUCUCACCCUCUGCGCCCCAAAGCAGGUAGCCCCUGCUUGGGCACGACCCUGGUGCCAGUGGGUCCCUCAGAAACGGACAAGAGGCAGUGGGGUACACUUCAGGGACAGCCGUCACCGAAGAGUGCAGUGUCUCUAGUGACACACAAUGAGGCCUACCCACCACAGCCCUCUCCACCUCCAGCCCUCCACCCUGCCUCACAUAGCCCCCCUUACCUUCACCCCACCAGUCCCAUGUUUUCAGGUGAUAGAGCUGCGCUGCACCACCACUCUCCCUCCCAGUUGAACCCUGGCAGCCCUGCUGAAGAGGUGGACUCUCACCUCCUGGGAGAGACCCGACACAGAGACUGUCCCCAGAUCAGUGACCACAGGACCACUGGGACUGAAUGUCCACUCUGUGGAAAAAGUUUCUUUUCUGUCUCCAGUCUGGAGUCCCACGUCCACAAGUCCCAUGGUGGCAGACACAAGCAGUCGUCAUCAGCACACACAAAGACUAACAGUCAGCCGUACCGCUAUAGGCCAGACCUGGUUUUGAGCUACAGGGUCAAGGAGCGUACGUUUGGCUGUAAGGUGUGUGGGAAAGUGUUCAAGCGCUCCUCCACCCUGUCCACUCACCUGCUAAUCCACUCUGACACGCGGCCCUACCCCUGUCAAUACUGUGGCAAAAGAUUUCACCAGAAAUCUGAUAUGAAAAAACACACCUUCAUUCACACUGGUGAGAAGCCCCAUGUGUGCCAGGUGUGUGGCAAAGCCUUCAGCCAGAGCUCCAACCUCAUCACUCACAGUCGUCAGCACAGUAGCAACCAGCCCUACCACUGCCUCUAUGGCUUCCAGCGCAAACAGGAGCUGAGACAAAACCAGAAGAACUACCGUACAUAGACCUUUAGGUCAAGACCCUGGCUAAGAGCUGAUCUGAGUUCAGUUUUCACAAUCGGGAGAUUGGUCAUAGCUGACCCCAGAUCAUUUUUUCAUUAUAAGGACACAACUGGACAAGCGUAACAGAAGCUGGGGAUGGAUGAAAGAAUGGAUGGAUGCUCCACAAAAAAUUCUAACAAACAUUUACCUUGACUGGAGUUGAAUCCCAACUGUAUAUUUUGCCUACAUAUAUAUUUCUGUUUUUUCAGUGUAAUCAUAGGGUCAUAUCUGAAAAUAUGUUGAAAACACCUUUGAAACAUUCCAAUCCCAUUUAUAUUCCAAAGUAUCGCUUUCUUAAGUGUGUGCAUUAAAACUCUUUGUUAUCCACUUUCAGAUUUGGAUAACAACAAGAUAUUAUCGUUAUGAAUGAAUGAUCAUUAUUUUUUUUAGUGAUCAAACUCCCUUGCAUUUUAAUGAUUUACCUCUCGGGGUGGUUUUAAAGGCAUGAGAUAAAAGUAGUUAAACCAUGUGCAACACCCACGUAGGUUCUCUGGAAUUCUCUGGAAAUGAAUCAUUAACUUCAUUCUCUUCAAUUCUCUGGUACGGAAACAUUUACCUGGAUUUAAAUACCUGUGAUGGGCUGAGAUAGCCCCUUCUCUCUCUGUCAGCGCUUCCCUAUAAAAGCACAGCCAAAAGUACUGCACUAAAACACCUGAUCCCUUCGACCUUCAAGCCCUCCACUGCACCACAGAGGAAGAACACCCAGACACAGGCUUAAUUGCUACAGAGAGAGAGCCGGCUGGGGACAAGAUUAGCCUCAUGGUGACAUACCUGAGCAGGGACGACAGAGGGACCUUACAGAGAGAGUGCCGGCUGGGGACAAGAUUAGCCUCAUGGUGACAUACCUGAGCAGGGACGACAGAGGGACCUUACAGAGAGAGUGCCGGCUGGGGACAAGAUUAGCCUCAUGGUGACAUACCUGAGCAGGGACGACAGAGGGACCUUACAUGUUGAGCGUACGUUUGGCUGUGUAAGGUGUGUGGGAAAGUGUUCAAGCGCUCCUCCACCCUGUCCACUCACCUGCUAAUCCACUCGGACAUGCGGCCCUACCCCUGUCAAUACAUUUACAUUUAAGUCAUUUAGCAGACGCUCUUAUCCAGAGCGACUUACAAAUACUGUGGCAAAAGAUUGCCAGAAAUCUGAUACGAAAAAAAACCACACCUUCAUUCAAACAGGUGAGAAGCCCCAUGUGUGCCUAGUGUGUGGCAAAGAGCUCCAACCACAUCACCCACAGCCGUCAGCACAGUGGCAACCAGCCCUACCACUGCCGCCUCUACGGCUUCCAGCGCAAACUGGACCUGAGAUAGCGCAUAUACCUUCAGGCUAAGACCCUGAUACCAGCUGAUCUGAGAUCAGUUUUAAUAAGCAAGAGAACAACUCCACACAGAUAGCAACUCAGAGACUCUUACAUGGUCAGAGCUGACCCCAGCAAAUGUUUUAAUUCUUAGUCUGAUCAUCGUUUUAUUAUUUUAGGUGAUCAAACUCCCUUGAUUGUCUGUCAGGGGUAGUUGUCAGGGGUAGUUCAUUUGUCAGGGGUAGUUCAAGGAAUGAUACUUUGAGAUAAAAUAUGUUUUAGGGUUUGACAUCUAAAUAUACAGCUCUUGUGACGCCCACGUCGGUUCUCAAACUGAAUCCUUCUCUUCAGUUCUCCGGCACAUAAACUUUUACCUAGAUUGGGCUGAGAACCCCCCACCGACCCUCCCUCCCUCCCUCUAAGAUCUACCCUAUAAAAGCAGAGCCAUCACUCCACUCUGCACUAGAACACCUGAUUACUACAACCUUCAAACCCUCCACUGCACCAAGGAAGAACACCCAGACACAGCAAUGGGAGCUAGUGGUUCAAUCAACGUCAACAGCGAUGCGCAAGGUUGUAAUAUAGCCAACGCAACAGGUGGCAAAGUGCGUCUCUACUACAAAUCAGAGAAGAUGGCUCUCAGUGACCUCAUCGAGGGGAGUCAUCUCAAGAAGGGCGACUCCAUCCUCAUUCUGGACGGCACCUUUAAGAAGAGCAUUCUCCCACAUAACCUCUAUGUCACUGGCUUCCAAGUAGAAAGUGACAAUUUACAUAGUUGCCCUAAGGAAUCCCCACUGAAUGGGCUGAACAACCUCCUGGCAGAGUAUGCACAGGGUCAGCCCAAGUCCUACAUCCUCACUGUCGAUAAAGAGGUCAAGUUCGCCAAGACCGGAGAGAUCUGGGUGGAUGAGGACGGGGUGGAUCACAACCCCAAAAAGUAACGCCACAGGGGAACCUCCUAUCUUAACACCUUUUAUUAAUCACAGAUUAAACUACAUUACGUGUACAGAUUUAAAUUUAAGAGAUUCAAUCACAGAUCCAUGAAAUGGGGUGUUCUUACUGCUAAUGCUUUUUUGUAUGGUAGAAAUCAGCAACUCUACUUUUUGACAAAUAAAUGUGUUACCAAACUGAGAAGUAAGUAUGUGUUUUGUAAGAUGUUAUUAUGACAGGAAAGUGUGUGUGUGUGUGUGUGUGUGUGUGUGUGUGUGUGUGUGUGAAUACAUUACAUGAUUGGGGUUGACACCAGAUAUCCUACAUACUUAUUUUAAAAGUGGUCAAGAACACAAGAUUGUAGUCAUGUUAUUUCAAGCACACACAGUAAUGGCGCAAGACACUUGCAAGGAGCACAAAUAAUUAGCGGAGGAAAAAAUGUGCACAUUUCCUCUACAUUGGAUUUGAAAGUCAUGUGAACUAGAAUGCUAGAUAUAUGUAGUGUUUCCCAACUAACGGUUUGAUGAGUUGAAUCAAGCAUGUUAGUGCAAGGGCAAAAACCCUUUGGGUCCCUAAGACCAGGAUUGAGAAACAGCAGAUUAAUGCAUCAAAAUGAAUGAACACCACUCCAAACAACAACUUUCACACCACAUGGCUCUGUCAACCCACCCUACAAUUCUGGAAAGAAACCAUACUGUCACGUUCUGACCUUUAGUUCUUUUGUUAUGUCUUUGUUUUAGUAUGGUCAGGGUGUGAGUUGGGGUGGGUUGUCUAUGUUCCUUUUUCUAUGUUGUGUUUUGCAUUUUGGCCUGGUAUGGUUCUCAAUCAGAGGCAGGUGUCGUUAGUUGUCUCUGAUUGAGAAUCAUACUUAGGUAGCCUUUUCCCACUUGUGUUUCGUGGGUGAUUGUUUCCUGUCUACACCAGGCAGGACUGUUUCGUUUCGUUCAUUCGCCUUUGUUAUUUUGUUUAGUGUUCGCAUGAUAAUAAAUGAUCAAUAUGGACACUUAC